AUGUUGAUCAACAAGAAUGUUGCUGUACAUACCAAUAAAGUGUCUCUGGUUCCUUACUGCAAGCACCAUGUUGCCAAGUAUCAUGGAUGGAUGAAAGACCCUGACCUGCAAGUCGCAACUGCAUCAGAACCUCUGACUUUGGAGGCAGAAUAUGCGAUGCAACGAAGCUGGCGCACUGAUAGCGACAAAUUGACGUUCAUCAGCUGCCUCGCACAACCCGACGGUCAAACAUCACAACGUGAAGACAUCGCCAGCGCGAUAGGUGAUGUUAACCUCUUCGUUGUCACAGACGAGGAAGAAUCCGGCGAGCUAGUGAUUGCUGGAGAGGUUGAGAUCAUGGUAGCGGAAAGACAAAAUCGGUACCAAGGCACUGGCAGGGCAGCUCUCCUUGUCUUUCUCAAGUACGUUCUGGCUCAUGAGACUGAGAUACUCAAGGAGUACUUCAGCACAGCGCGUGACAACCAGUCCCAGGAUAAGUUUGCCUACCUCAGAGCCAAAAUCAACGAAACCAAUGGACAAAGCCUGAGACUGUUCGAGUCGGUGGGUUUUGAGAGAAGCGAUGUGACACCAAAUUUCUUUGGUGAGUGGGAGCUGCGCAAAAGAUUCAGUAUACAAGACAUAGAGAAGCAGAUGGAAGAGAAGAUGGUCAGCGGCUACCGUGAGGUUAGUUAUCCAUAUGAGGAGGAGGGUUCCCAGGAGAUGAAGGUACGAGCCAACUCAUCCAGCACAGAUAAGCCGUAG